AUGGAUGCAUCGGACGGCGCAAGCAAGGCGGCGGCGACGCUCGCAGAUCUCCCCCCCCUGAACGACGCCCCAGCUGCAGACCGCACAAAACUCUUUCGCCAAAAAUUGCGAUUGUGCUGCGUCGUGAUGGAUUUCAGCGAGCCACGCAAGCAAGUGCGUGAAAAAGAUGUGAAGAGGCAGGCGCUGCUGGAACUUGUCCAGUUCUUGUCGGACGGAAAGGUGACAUGGAGCUCCCAAGUCGUCGAAGAUCUCAUGGUGUGCGUGGAAGCGAACAUCAUCCGACCACUUGGUGGCAAGAGCCGCACUAGCGGUGCUAAGGAGGGAGGCAGAAUCGAAGGUGUGGAAGAAGACGAGCCGGUGCUGGAAGAAUCGUGGCCGCACCUGCAGCUCAUCUACGAGUUGUUGUACCGAUUCGUCCUUUCCAAGGAAGUUGACACAAAGUCCGCCAAGGAAUACUUCAGCAAACGCUUCAUGCUGCAACUGCUCAACUUGUUCGACUCGGAAGACCCUCGGGAACGCGACUACCUGAAGACUAUUUUGCAUCGACUGUAUGGCAAGUCAAUGGCGCUUCGCUCAUUCAUCCGCCGUUCCAUCAACAACAUGUUUUUUACGUUUGUCUACGAGACUGAACACUUCAAUGGCGUUGUGGAGCUCUUGGAAAUCCUUGGCAGCAUCAUCAAUGGAUUUGCGCUACCACUCAAGGCUGAGCACCAGAAGUUUUUGGAAAAGGCGCUGAUUCCCCUUCACAAAGCGGCAAAUGUAGCGCAGUACCAUCAGCAACUUGCGUACUGCACGACGCAAUUCGUCGAGAAGGACCCAUCGACAGCCAAGCCCAUCAUCCUUGGUCUCCUGCGCUUCUGGCCAGUGACGCAGAGCUCCAAAGAAAUUCUGUUCUUGAACGAGCUUGAAGAAAUUAUUGAGCUUAUUCAACCGGAGCAGUUCGCAGAGGUCAUGCGACCGCUAUUUCUUCAACUUGGCAGGUCCAUAACGAGCCUGCAUUUCCAGGUCUCCCAGCGGGCACUUUACUUGUGGAACAAUGAAUCGCUUGUCAACUUGGUGGCAGUUCAUCGAGUGGAAAUUUUGCCGUUGAUCUUUGGCUCGUUAUACCACAACUGCGACAAACACUGGAACACAACGGUCCAAAGCUUGACAUUCAACGUCCUCAAGCUCCUGAUGGAAAUGGAUUCGCAAUUGUUUGAUCAGUGCUCUGCGCAGCUCGACGAAAGGGAGGGUAAGCAGCAGCAUACGUUUGAGGAGCGCCGCCGAAAAUGGCGCCAACUCGAAGCUGCAGCGUCCGUGCAGUGA